CGCUCCAAAGAUCAUUCCUUCACAAACUCUCUUCUUUUCCAAAGCAAGUUUACCUGACAUUCUCGCUUCCCGAUCUCUCUCGCGCUAGACUCUAGAUCUCUAAGAGAAUGGAGCUCUCGAAGAUGGUGGCGGUGGUGGCGGUGGUGGCGCUGGCGCUCCUCGCGUCCUCGCCUCGAGCGGCGCUGGGGCAGUCGUGCGACACUAGCAAGUUCACGAAUCUGCAGGCUUGCCUCCCGGCGGCCACUGGCUCGGGCUCGGUUACCUCGAGUUGCUGCUCCGCGAUGAUGGCCUACCGCAGCAAUCCCAGCUGCCUUUGCAGUACGCUCGUCUACGCCAAAUCCCAGCUUAGUAGCAUCAAUCUCAACAACGCUUUGGCCAUUCCCAAGGCCUGCGGCUACUCGUCCUACAUCCCCUCGGGCUUCACUUGCCAAGGAAUUACUGUUCCCAGGUGAAGACUCUCUCAAAAGGAGGAAAGCGUUCCAGAGCUUCCAUCGCUUGAUCUCGUUUAAGUAGAUUACGUUAGCUAGAAUAAGAAACGUUCCUUGUUUUAUAUGAGUAAUAAAUAUAAUAAUAGUACUAUUAUUAUUUAAAGA